CACAAGCACUAUGCUUGAGCUGUAUAGAAAGCUUUGAAGUAAACUUACAGAAGCAAUCAGAGAAGGCGCGAACCAAUCGCCAGUUAGAUCCUUACUUCGUUUUUGCGACGAGAGCGCACACCUCGGCACUUAUUAUACUCAUUAUGCAGCUGGCUGUUAUCUGAUACCUGAUAUCUUAGACAGGCACCAGUACCUGACGCGGACCAGGAAGCUGCGAAGCGGGACUAAUGCCCGGCGCCCCGAACGUGCUGGAGGAUGUGCACAGGUCGUGUGCCGAGGUGGCAGCGCUACACCGGGAGCACGUCAGCAUCAAUGACGCCGCCCUGGCGGAGCUGGCGGCGGAGCUGGCGGCAGCUGCUGACGACGUGCGGGGCGCGGUGCGCGGCCUGCCGCUGCCCAUCCGGUUCCACAGCUUGGAGCAGGAGCUGACGCUACUGGCGCUGUUCCACCUGUUGGACUUCGGCUCGGGACACCUGGCGCGGCCCGAGUCGCGGCGCCAGAGCGGCGGGCGCGAUUGGCGCGAGGCGCUGCAGUACGGACUGCUGGGACUGCACCUGGGCGGCACACGGCUGGACAGCCACAAGCUCAAGUCUUUCUCCAUGUACGACAUGAACCAGGUGUUUGGUCUGGACGCCACCGUGGAGGUGCCGGUCAUGCCGGGAGUCACCAUGUCCAAACCGGGCCCGCUGCAGCCGCUGUGCAAGUCACUGCUGGCGGCACUGACCGACACGGGCGCGCAGCUGGCGGAGGCGGGGCACAAGACGCCGGGGGAGCUGCUGCUGGCCAUCGGGGAGGAGCUGGCCAAGGCGGGCCGCACCUCCGCCAGCGCCUUUGUGGAGGAGCUGGUGGACACGCUGCCCGCCUUCCGCGACACAGUGCUGUACGACGGCCGUACACUGGUGCUGCAGCGGCGGGCGCAGAACCUGGCGGCGGACCUGGCGUGUGUGUACGGCGGGCGGGAGGGCGGCGGCCGGUUCGCCUUCCCGGACGUGGACCAGCUGGCGGGGGACUCCGGCCCCACCACCAUCGCUGCCCUGCGCGCCAAGGGCGUGCUGCAGGUGGCGGACCCCGACCUGGCCGCCACACUGGACAGUGGCGCCGAGUUGCCGGCCGGGCCGCACGAGCGAGCCCUGCGCGCCGCCGCCGUCGUCGCCUGUGACCGAUUGGCAGCGGCCGCAAACGCCGCAGCUGGGAGCAGCGGUGGUGCGACGGUGACGGAGUCUGGCGCCGGGCAAUCGUUGCCAGCGGAAGCGGAUGCGGAGGGCAAGGAGGCGGAGGCGGAGGCGGGGACCGCAAGCGAAGGCGCGGGCGAGGGUGCGGGUGCGGAGCCGUCAGGCACGGGGGCGGCGACAGCCGCGUCUGCAGCCGCACAAGCCGGAGGCGACAGCGGCAGCCGCAAGAGCGGUGCAGCUACUGCUACUGCUACUGCUGCUGCCGCCGCUGCUGCCAUCCGGCCGGUGGACGUGGGCGCCUACCUGUGCUACCUCACGGAGCCGGGCCGCGAGCUGGCCGACAGGGCCAAGCCGCACGUGACGCUGGGCGUGACCGGGUACUGAUGAGUGGCGGCGAGUGGGGAUUGGGAUCCCCUGCUAAGAAGGGAAGUUGGCCGGAUGCCAAGGGGAGGUACGGUAAUGGGUGCCUGCGGAACAAGAGCGCAUAAUGGCUGCCGCCUGUGCGCCUGCUGUGCCGCAAGCGACAUGUGCAAGCGACAUGCGUAGGACAGGUCCGUGUGAUCGGAGUGCCAGCAUGCGGUUGGGGCAUUGGCAAGAGGUGCUGUCGGAGUGCGGAGAUUCGGACUUCGGAGAGGCGCACGCCAGAGGCGAAGAAUGCCCUGAUACCGUGGCCUGAUGCGUUGGGGCGAGCUGCCCUGUGCAGGUGGAGACAGCAGGAUGUGACUGUGCUGGACAGGCGUGAUUGUAACAAAGAAUGUGU